UUGGCUCAGGGCAAGUGAAGGCUCAGGAGUCGCGGUUUGAGCCUGCGGAGGAGCUGCGCCUCGGCUGGCUGGGCUUGCAGCCCCGAUGCAGGCUUUGGUGCUACGAUUCCAGCCUUCAUGGGAACCUUAGUGCUGCGUUGUGGCACAGGAGAGCACGCUACCUCGUGAAAGUAAUUGUGUGUUGGCCAGCUAGCUGAAGUUCUGACUUCGUAAGCUUCGGUAGCAGCGCGUUACAGAUUUUAAAGGCUGCCCAAGCGAAACAGAUGGACGGUAAGCACAAAACCGGAGAUCUAUGGAGAGCCAGGACCUGACAGGGAAUUAAAAAGAUUCCUUCACGCUUGGAGGAGGAAGUCUGCCUUAUUAAUAACUGAGGUCCUUUGGGUCCAUCUGCAGUGAUUUAAUCAGCAGAGACUUGGGGCAAAGAGGAGGAAGAAAGAUGAUGUCAAGGCAGGCCUUCCUCUGCAGUUUGGGCUCUCUCUAUUUGUCCCUGCUCUUUGUGUUCCUCCUGAUGGAUGUUUAUGCCAGGCCUGCAAACAACUCUGCCCUCAAAGAGAAGGCAGCUGACAGCAAAGAUGAGAAUGAGAUCUUGCCCCCAGACCACUUGAACGGGGUCAAGAUGGAGAUGGAUGGACACCUCAACAAGGAGUUUCAUCAGGAAGUCUUCCUGGGGAAAGAGAUGGAAGAGUUUGAGGAGGAUUCAGAGCCCAGAAGGAACAGGAAGAAGCUCAUGGCCAUCUUUUCCAAGGUGGAUGCAAACAGUGACCACAAGAUAGGGGCCAAGGAGAUGCAGCGCUGGAUCAUGGAGAAGACAGAUGAGCACUUCCAGGAGGCUGUGGAGGAGAACAAGAUGCACUUCCGAGCUGUGGACCCUGAUGGGGAUGGCCAUGUGUCCUGGGAUGAGUACAAAGUCAAAUUCUUGGCCAGCAAAGGCUUCAACGAGAAGGAGAUGGCAGAGAAGAUCAGGAACAAUGAGGAGCUGAAGAUAGAUGAAGAAACCCAGGAGGUUCUGGAUAACCUGAAGGACAGGUGGUACCAAGCUGACAACCCUCCUCCUGACCUGCUCUUGAAUGAAGAGGAGUUCUUGUCCUUCCUCCAUCCAGAGCACAGCAGGGGGAUGCUGAAGUUCAUGGUGAAGGAAAUCAUCAGAGAUUUGGAUCAGGAUGGAGAUAAGAAGCUCACCCUUUCAGAGUUCAUUUCCUUGCCUGUUGGGACUGUGGAGAACCAGCAGGCUCAGGAUAUUGAUGAUGACUGGGUGAAAGACAGAAGGAAGGAGUUUGAGGAGGUCAUUGAUGCUAACCACGAUGGCAUUGUCACCAUGGAGGAGCUGGAGGAAUACAUGGAUCCCAUGAAUGAAUACAAUGCCCUGAAUGAGGCCAAGCAGAUGAUAGCAGUGGCAGAUGAGAACCAAAACCACCACCUGGAGCUGGAGGAGAUCCUGAAGUACAGCGAAUACUUCACGGGCAGCAAGCUGAUGGACUACGCACGCAACGUCCACGAGGAGUUCUGACCCUGCUCUCCUCCCCACAGCUCUGAGGCACUUUCUUGCUUUGAAAACAACAACAAAAGAGGGGGGAAAAAAGGAAAAAA